CCCCGCGCGGACCCAGGAUGGAGCCCGAGGAUCACGUGGCGGUCGUAGCGAUGAGCGCAUGGCCGCCGGUGGAACGUCUGCAGGAACCAGUGACCUUCCGGGAUGUGGCUGUGGACUUCACCCAGGAGGAGUGGGGACAGCUGGACCCUACACAAAGGACUCUGUACCGCGAUGUGAUGCUGGAGACCUUCGGGCACCUGCUGUCUGUUGGUCCUGAGCUUCCUAAGCCCGAUGUCAUCUCCCAGCUGGAGCAAGGGGCUGAGUUCUGGGCUAGUGACCGAGGAUGUACCCAGAGCUGCCAUUCAGGCUGGCAGCCAGGCUUCCCUGAAGAGAAGCUGACGACUGGCACAGAAAGAGAAGAGUUCCCACGGGUCACUGCUUAUUCCUCCCUGACGGGGGAUUCAUGGCCAAGUGAGGGUGAGGGCCAGGCGCACAGAAAGGGACAACUGGCAUCUGAGGAAGGAGCAAAUCACAGUCCAGGCUGUGAAAGGCUCAGAUAUGAGGAGAGCUGUGUGCUGAGCUCCAGCCCAGGUCCAUUGCCGGUUUCCAAGAGAGAAUAUCUCUGUACUGACUCACAAGUGACCGGCUCAGACCCUGAGCCAGAAAUAGCCAGUGAGCCAAUGUGCUCCCCAGGAAAACAGCCUCAGGAUGACGACAAGGCCUCCGACCUGGCCAUCUCAGGCACAGAGCUCUUGAGGAACCAGGGCCCUGAGAAGCCAUACAAAUGCCCCGACUGCGGGAAGUCGUUCAACCACAAUGCACACCUCACAGUGCACAGGAGGAUCCACACAGGCGAGCGACCAUAUGUGUGCAAGGAGUGUGGGAAGGCUUUCAGCCAGAACUCAUCCCUCGUGCAGCAUGAGCGCAUCCACACGGGGGACAAGCCCUACAAGUGCGCAGAGUGUGGGAAGUCCUUCUGCCACAGCACGCACCUCACCGUGCACCGGCGCAUCCACACGGGUGAGAAGCCCUAUGCGUGCCAGGACUGUGGGAGGGCCUUCAACCAGAACUCGUCCCUGGGCCGACACCGGCGGACACACACUGGGGAGAAGCCCUACGCCUGCAGUGUGUGCGGGAAGGCCUUCUCACGCACCACCUGCCUCUUCCUGCACCUGCGCACACACACUGAGGAGCGGCCCUACGAGUGCAACCACUGUGGGAAGGGCUUCCGGCAUAGUUCCUCGCUGGCCCAGCAUCAGCGCAAGCAUGCCGGGGAGCCGCCCUUCACCUGCCGCCCCAUCUUUGAGCAGACAGCGGCUCUGCCAAGGCCGCCGUGGGCAGACGCUCUCACCUGCACACCACCUCUGAGCCAAGAGGAGCGGGCGCUGUGCAGUGACAGGCCCUUCAGAUGCACCCAGUGUGGGAAGUGCUUCACCCAGAGCUCCCACCUCAUUCGCCACCAGAUCACUCACACCAGGGACAAGGAGCCAUCCAGGAGGCCCCGGAGAUGCCAGCAGCCCUGCAGCAGGAGCGCACAGCACACCCAGCAUCCACAGGCAGGGUCGGGACAGAGCUCCAGGGAUCAGGCCAGAGCAGCACAGCCAGUGAGUAGGGCACUGGCCCUGUUUGACAUCCACGAACUCAUACAGGAGAAAAACCCUGUGCACAUCAUCGGGGUGGAGGAGCCCUCUAUGGGCUCCUCCAGCAUGUUCAACCUCAGAGAAUCCACCUAGGAAAGAAGUGCUGGCCAUGACCUCUGAACCUCAGGUGCACAAAUGUGUUGCGUUCUAGUGAUGUUAAACACGCCUUCAGCAUCAGAACUCGGAAGGAAGGAAGAUCGAGCAUGGCACAACUCAGCGUGCAAAAAUCAGUCCCUAAACCUUAACUGCAGGAGGUGCUUUGGAUUGAACGGGCAGAGUUGGAAGAAUGGUCACCCUGGAAUACGCUGGGCCAGCUCUUGUCCCAGGGUUGGAUGGUUGAGCUUGCCGUGCACUGCCACUGUGGCUCGCUGCGCCGUCCUCUGUUCUGUGGAUGCUGGAGUGCCGCUGCUCCUGGGCUUCCAGGAUGCUGUAACCUUUUGCUUCGUCUCAGUAGAGGCCCCGUAGGACCUUACCAAACCCUGAGCUUGCUCGUCCCAUUUCCCAUCCCAGAUCACCUUUUUACAGUGACUGCGUCAUUCCUUGACUUGCGCCCUUUGCUGCUUCAUCUUAGGAGAUAACUUUCCCUUUACAAGAAAGGAGGCACCUUCUGGCGCACUUUGCCCACGGUGGUUAUGUGAGAUACCGUCAUUCCACAGAUGAGGAAAAUUAAGCAGAAGACAAAAGGAACCUGCCCAAAGUUACACAGACAGGAAAUAAUGGGGUCAGAAUUUGAU